GGGACCAAUCUUGGUGGCAUCGCCCCUAAUCCGCAAGUAGCAGCGGCAGCGGUGGCUGCUCAUCGACAAGCCUUGGCAAACGCUGCUACAGCUGCAGCGUUGGCGGCAGGGGCUCAGCAGUCUCCACAAGCCAGCAAUGACUUCACGAAUGCUAAUGACCUAUCUCCACAGA